AGCCACUUCGGCUCGGGCCGGCGGGUGCCACUCGGCCAUGGCGUGUGCCGGCGAGGGCGCGGAUGCGCCCCCGGGGGCCGGGCCCUGUCGGCCGUGUCCGGCCGGCGACGGCGCAGCGACGCCUCCGCGGGCGCCGCCGGCUGCGGAGCCGCCCGCGCAGGGUGCCGCGGAGAGCCCGCUGGGGCGCCAGGGCGCCGCGGACCCGCUGGUGAUGUACGUGGUCCUGCGGCAGGACCUGGAGUGGCCCACGGGCGCCCUCAUCAAUCAGGCCUGCCACGCGGUCGCCGCGGUGGCCUGGGAGGCCCGGGAGGACCCCGAGUCGGUGGCCUACCUGUCGGAGGUGGAGGGGCAGAUGACGACCGUGACCCUCGGCGCCCCCGACGGGGCGCAGCUGGCCAAGCUGGCCGACAAGCUCAGCGCCAGGGGCGUGCCGUUCCGGCUCUGGACGGAGCAGCCGGAGCACGUCACCUCCGCGCUGGCUACUUGGCCGCGAAGGAGGAGCGCAGUGCAAAAGCUGCUCAAAGGCUUCAAGCGUUUCUGAGGUUGCCGCCCCUACCGUCAUUCCGUCCUUGGGUCAGCUACCCACACUCGUCUCUUUCCCUCUCACACCCACUCUCCCCCCUGGCCGGCACCGCGGUCUCACAACUGCAUGCAAGCUAUUAUUUUGUAGUAUACAGCAUGCGUGUAGCAGCCGCUGUGUCUUUCGCUCUAGCGAGGUACGUCCAUUACUUCGCUUUCGGCGCGGCGUGUAGAAAAAAGGCGCACUAUUCGCCACGGAGGCAUCAGCAGUACGAAUCAAGAA